AUGUCCAAGGCAUUGCAGAAAGUCGUUGGCUUAGGCUCUACCACGCUCAGGCGUGAUAUCUCAACCGUCAAGUUCAGGCCUCCUCAGACUUACAAGAAAGACCAAGAGAAGAAGCAGGCCAUGAGAGAGAACGUCUUCGCUUAUGCCAAAGAGACCGGUCUGGACGAUCUUGGUGCCGAAUGGGCUGAAGUGAGCGGAUCGCAUCACCAGCCACAGGAUCCGAAUGACCCUGAUCAGUUUGAGCGGCUUACAGUCAAGUUCUUUGAUGCCAACAACACUGCUAUGAAGUUCAAGGAUUCAAAUGGUGUUGAGCAUCAGCGCCUCCACGUUGGCACUGACCAGAAAUACUGGCAUUCAAAGGGCCAUUGGUCAAAGGCUUGA